GACAGAUGCUGCUGCCGCUGAUGCUGCUGCUGCCGCUGCUCCCUUAGAAGGACACCAUGAGAAACCACAGGCAGAAUCGCGUCGAGUUACUCAGUAUUUCAGCUUUGUACGGAGGAUGACAUUAACAUAAUAUCAAGAUGGAAUACUGACACUCUUGCGGCAUUGACUGAUAUUUAAAAAACGCAAAAGAGAUGAGUAUAAUUACUUUAUCUUUGCUCCUGUGUGCUGACCUACUGGAUUUCGUUAUAGGUUAUUUAACAGUCACCAUUGAGCCUCUCCCUCCUGUGGUUAUGGGGGACACAGUGACUUUGAAGUGCAAUUUCAGGACGGAUGGCAACUUACGAGAGAUUGUGUGGUUUCGGGUGACGGAAGGUGGAACAUCAAAACAGAAGAUUUUCACCUACGACGCCAUGUACAACACCAAUUUUUCUCACAUGGAGAACUUUCGCAGACGAGAGGACCUUGUUUACCAGUCAACUGUCAGGCUCCCUGAGGUUCAGAUGGAAGAUGAUGGACCAUAUGAAUGCCAUGUGGGGAUCUAUGACAAGGCAUCUAGAGAGAAGGUGGUCUUGGCAUCUGGGAGUAUCACUCUUAAUGUCAUGUCUCCACCAAAAUCAAUAUCUGUUGAGGCAGCAAAUCAGCCAGCUCGAUUCAGUCGCUACGAGGCUCAAAAUUUCACGCUUGUUUGCAUUGUAACUGGAGGAAAACCUGCCCCCGUGGUGUACUUCAAGAGGGAUGGAGAACUUAUUGAAGUCCAUCCUUUCAUGUCUACUGAGGAAGUGGAAAACAGAGGCUUGCUCGUUGCCAUGGAUAACCAGCCGCUUAUCAAUCGAGAACUGGAUGAUACAAAAGUGCAGAAGUCUCUUUCUUUCCUGGGCCCUUACAGCGAGCCGGUGCGUCUGGAUAAGGACUGGCCCCAGCGCAGUUACACGUCUGGAGCCCCUGGUCAGGAGGAAGCCAGUCCCACCACAGAGAUCAUCCCAGAGACUGUGAUCAGCCAAGAGUUUCCCCGCUGGGUGCUGAGCUCAAGCCCGAUGUAUUAUUUCAACCAUACGCAGUCUGAGCUUCAUGACGGUACUUUGGAGGUCCAAGCUAUGCUGACCUUGCACUUGAACCCACAGCUGGACAAUGAGGCUCUGUUCACCUGUGAAGUCAAGCACCCUGCUCUUUCCAUGCCCAUGAAGGCAGAGGUUACACUCUCUGCUCCAAAAGGCCCGAAACUCUCUGUGGCACCAAGCAGAGCGAAAGUGGGAGACACAGUUCGCAUCAAAGUGGAGGGAUUCCAAAUGGGGCCCAAAGCGAAUAAAGUGUUUCCAGAGCCUCUAUUCACAUGGACACGUGUGGGAGGACCUCUGCUGGAUGGAAGUGAAGAGAGAUUUGGGAAAGUACUGGUUCUGGAGAGCAUCCCAGCUAAGCUCAACGGAUCCAUGUUUCGCUGCACGGUCCAAAACCCAUUGGGAUCUACCAACACUCUCACCCGCCUCAUAGUAUUUGAAAAUCCCAGGAUCAAGAAGACUAUACAUCUGAACUUUGGCGAUUCUGCUGGAGACAUGCUUGGGCCCUCACUGAUGCUGCUGCUGUUGUCAUUGACUCUGGAGUUAACAUGAGCACUAUGGGAUGCGCUUUC